GGUGAGAAGCGUCCGUGGCGCGGCCCUGCCCUCGCGUGCGUGGGGCGCAGCACCGCAUGGUGUGAUCCGCGUGAGCAUUCCAGUCCGGCACUGGGCUCUAGGUCGCCUGGUGCACUUUGCAUUUUAGAGCUCAGUUCGCCGGGUUCCAAAUCUCCGGAAACAGUGCCGACGUCGCUUUUUCUAAGGAGCUGGGUGCAGCGUUUGACACCUGUUGGAAGCUGGGAGCGAUGAAGGAUGCCUGAAAGGAGGGGUUACUGAUGGCCGAACAGCGGGAGAAACCAAAGUACUGUACUUCUGAGGGAAAAACCACUCUCCCAAGCUCGCGUCGCCCGAGCAGACACGUGGAUCUUGAGAAGUCUCUAGCCCACCCGAGAGCUGUCCAUGCGUGCUGCAGAGCUCGCCAAGCUUAUGUAGCGGGAGUCUCUUGUAAACUGCCUGCGCUGCUUGCUCCUUUUUGUGCACGACGCUGCUGCUGGGUUUCAGCAAAGGAUGGAAAGGCCAUUGUGAUUGUGUGAUAACUACAGUUAUCAUACUACUAAGUUUCUCACUGGAAUCAUGGAGGAGAAACAGCAGAUUAUAUUGGCUAAUCAAGAUGGUGGGACAGUGGCAGGAACAGCACCUACCUUCUUUGUCAUCCUAAAACAGCCAGGAAAUGGCAAAACUGACCAAGGAAUUUUGGUUACUAAUCGAGAUGCCUGUGCUUUGGCUAGUAAGGUGUCAUCACCAGGAAAAUCUAAAGGGAAGAUUUGCCUUCCAGCUGAUUGUACUGUGGGAAGAAUCACUGUCACACUCGAUAACAAUAGUAUGUGGAAUGAGUUCCAUAAUCGAAGCACAGAGAUGAUUCUGACCAAGCAGGGAAGACGCAUGUUUCCUUAUUGUCGAUAUUGGAUAACAGGUUUAGAUUCAAAUUUAAAGUAUAUUCUUGUCAUGGAUAUAUCUCCUGUGGAUAACCAUCGUUACAAGUGGAAUGGCCGUUGGUGGGAACCCAGUGGGAAGGCUGAGCCACACGUUUUGGGGAGGGUUUUUAUUCAUCCAGAAUCUCCUUCUACAGGUCAUUAUUGGAUGCAUCAACCAGUUUCUUUCUAUAAACUCAAACUCACCAACAAUACACUGGAUCAAGAAGGACAUAUUAUCUUACACUCUAUGCAUCGCUACCUGCCAAGACUUCAUUUGGUACCCGCAGAAAAGGCUACAGAAGUGAUACAAUUAAAUGGUCCUGGUGUCCACACUUUUACCUUCCCCCAGACUGAAUUCUUUGCAGUAACAGCUUAUCAGAACAUUCAGAUUACUCAAUUGAAAAUAGAUUACAAUCCAUUUGCGAAAGGCUUUCGGGAUGAUGGUCUGAAUAGUAAGCCCCAGAGAGAUGGAAAACAAAAGAACAACUCUGACCAAGAGGGGAAUAGUGUUCCCAGUUCUCCUGGUCAUCGGGUUCGUCUCACAGAAGGUGAGGGGUCAGAGAUACAGCCAGUUGAUUUUGAUCCAUCAAUAAAGUGUAUGGAGAAGCCGCCCCUUAAUAUAAAACAAGACUUUUUUGGUUUCAUGGAUACUGAUUCAGCACUUGAAGUUCCUCAAUUGAAGCAAGAGAUUUCUGAAAGCUUUGUCGGGAACAAUUUUAAAGAUGGCUCCCAUAUUGCCUCACCAUUAGACCCGAAUGGAAACUUCAAUGUUGUCAUUAAAGAGGAACCUCUAGAUGACUAUGACUAUGAAGUUGGUGGAUGCCCAGAAGGUAUCACUAUAAAACAGGAAGACACAGAUGAAGAAACAGAUGUAUACUCAAACAGUGACGAUGAUCCUAUAUUAGAGAAACAACUAAAAAGGCACAAUAAAGUUGAUAACUUAGAAACUGAUCAUCCAUCUUCUAAAUGGCUACCAAACAGCCCAUCAGGUGUUGCUAAAGCUAAAAUGUUCAAAUUAGACACUGGAAAGAUGCCUGUAGUCUAUUUGGAGCCCUGUGCUGUCACCAAAAGCACAGUGAAGAUUUCUGAACUGCCUGAUAACGUACUUUCCACAUCUCGAAAGGAUAAAUCUCCUGUAUUGGGAGAAUUAGAAUAUUUGCCUACAUAUAUUGAAAAUUCUAAUGGUACUAGUUUCUACUUAGACAAGGAAUCAGAAAAUGGUCUUAGAAAACAUUCACCGGAUCUCAGAGUAGUACAAAAAUGUCCCUUAGUUAAAGAACCUCAAUGGAAAUGUCCUGAUAUAUUUGACAGCAUUAGCUCAGAAAGAAUACUUGACAGUUCAAAGGGUUCAACUGGGGAUUCAUUUUCAGGAAAAGAAGACCCGAGUAGAAAGCGAACAACUAUGUUUAAAAUCUCAGGAACCUCAAAGAAUGUAAAUGCCAAUCAGAAUGCCUCUUCUAAUGUUCCUGGAAAAAGAGGAAGGCCUCGAAAAUUGAGAUUCUCUAAGGCAGGACGACCACCUAAAAACACAGGAAAGACUUUAACUUCUUCCAAGAAUACCCCUAUAAUUCCUAGUGGUACCUUUCCUGAUGUGAAGCCUGAUCUUGAAGAUGUGGAUGGUGUUCUCUUUGUUUCCUUUGAGUCCAAGGAAGCUCUAGACAUUCAUGCAGUUGAUGGGAUAACAGAAGAACCAUCUAAUCUCCAGGCAACAACCACAAAUGACCCAGGUUGCAGAGAAAGAAUUUCCCAGUUGGAAAAGGAAUUGAUAGAAGAUUUGAAGUCCUUGAGGCACAAGCAGGUGAUACAUCCAGGUCUUCAAGAAGUGGGUUUAAAGUUGAAUUCAGUGGAUCCAACAAUGAGCAUUGAUCUUAAAUACUUGGGAGUACAGCUACCUUUGGCUCCAGCUACUAGCUUUCCCUUUUGGAACCUUGUGGGAACCAACCCUGCUUCUCCUGAUGCUGGAUUUCCCUUUGUUUCUAGGACUGGGAAGACCAAUGACUUCACCAAGAUCAAAGGAUGGAGGGGGAAAUUUCAUAGUGCGUCUUCAUCUAGGAAUGAAGGUGGAAAUUCAGAAGGUUCACUGAAAAACCGUUCUGCUUUCUGUAGUGAUAAGCUAGAUGAAUACUUGGAAAAUGAAGGCAAGCUCAUGGAAACAAGCAUGGGUUUCUCUUCCAAUGCUCCCACAUCUCCUGUGGUAUACCAGCUUCCCACCAAGAGUACCAGCUAUGUACGAACACUUGAUAGUGUACUGAAGAAGCAAUCUACCAUUUCCCCUUCUACCUCUUAUUCUUUGAAGCCUCAUUCUGUACCCUCUGCCUCUCGAAAGGCAAAGUCUCAAAAUAAACAGGCAACACUCAGUGGCCGAACUAAAUCAUCUUAUAAAUCCAUUUUACCAUAUCCUGUUUCACCAAAGCAGAAGCACUCCCCUGUGAUUCUAGGAGAUAAGAAUACCAAGAAUACUUCGAACAUCAUCGCAGAUAAUCAGGUGAAUAACUUUGCUGUACCAACUUUAGAUGAAAAUAUAUUUCCAAAGCAGAUUAGUUUGCGACAGGUGCAGCAGCAGCAGCAGCAGCAGCAGCAGCAACAACAACAACAACAACAACAGGGAACUCGCCCUCCAGGCUUGUCUAAAUCUCAGGUGAAGCUAAUGGACCUGGAAGACUGUGCACUUUGGGAAGGAAAACCAAGGACCUAUAUCACUGAAGAGCGAGCAGAUGUAUCCUUGACAACUCUGCUUACAGCUCAAGCAUCUCUCAAAACUAAACCUAUCCACACAAUCAUAAGGAAACGAGCCCCUCCAUGCAACAAUGAUUUCUGUCGCCUGGGUUGUGUAUGUUCCAGUCUAGCUUUAGAAAAACGCCAACCUGCUCACUGCCGUCGACCAGAUUGCAUGUUUGGCUGCACUUGUUUGAAAAGAAAAGUUGUACUUGUUAAAGGAGGAUCCAAAACUAAGCAUUUCCAGAGGAAGGCUGUUCAUCGAGAUCCAGUAUUUUAUGAUGCUCUGGGAGAGGAGACAAGGGAAGAAGAAGGAGUCAGGGAGGAGGAGGAACUACUCAAAGAGAAAAAGAAGAGAAAGAAGCUGGAAUAUACUAUCUGUGAAACAGAGCCUGAGCAGCCUGUUCGACAUUACCCAUUGUGGGUGAAAGUAGAAGGUGAAGUAGAUCCGGAGCCAGUUUAUAUCCCAACACCCUCAGUCAUUGAGCCUAUGAAACCAUUAUUGUUGCCUCAGCCAGAAGUAUUAUCUACUACUGUGAAAGGCAAACUGCUCACUGGAAUUAAACCUUCACGGGCAUAUACUCCCAAGCCCAAUCCUGUGAUAAGGGAAGAGGACAAAGAUCCAGUCUAUUUGUACUUUGAAAGUAUGAUGACUUGUGCCCGUGUUCGAGUAUAUGAACGAAAAAAAGAGGAACACAAACAACCAUCCUUGUCUCCAUCCUUGUCUCCAUCACUUCAGCAGCAGAACUCAUGUCAUUCUAGUCCUGGGAACCAUAGUUCAAAGGAACCUGAUUCUGAACAGCAACCCUUAAAACAACUCAUUUGUGACUUGGAGGAUGAUUCUGAUAAAUCACAAGAAAAGAGCUGGAAAUCUUCCUGCAAUGAAGGGGAAUCCUCUUCUACCUCUUACGUGCAUCAAAGGUCACCUGGUGGUCCCACCAAACUGAUAGAGAUCAUCUCAGACUGCAACUGGGAGGAAGAUCGAAACAAGAUUUUGAGCAUCUUAUCCCAGCACAUCAAUAGCAACAUGCCACAAUCACUUAAGGUGGGCAGCUUCAUCAUUGAGUUGGCUUCUCAACGAAAGAGCCGGGGUGAGAAGAACCCUCCUGUUUAUUCUUCUCGUGUCAAAAUCUCUAUGCCAUCAUGUCAAGAUCAAGAUGAUAUGGCUGAUAAAUCUGGAUCAGAGACUCCUGGUGGUCCAUUGUCCCCUGGGAAAAUGGAUGAUAUCUCUCCUGUGCAGACAGAUGCUCUGGAUUCAGUGAGGGAGAGAUUACAUGGAGGCAAAGGUCUGCCUUUUUAUGCAGGGCUUUCUCCUGCAGGGAAGCUUGUGGCCUAUAAGCGUAAACCCAGUUCAAGCACAUCUGGGCUUAUCCAGGUUAAUGGUAAGAGUUACCCGCAGGCUAAGUUGCUAUUGGGACAGAUGGGGGCAUUGCAUCCAGCCAAUAGGCUAGCUGCUUAUAUCACAGGCAGGUUGCGACCCUCAGUCCUGGACCUCUCAACCCUCAGUACUGUCAUCUCCAAGGUAGCAUCCAAUGCCAAGGUGGCUGCAUCCAGGAAACCACGUACCCUGUUGCCUUCUACAUCCAACUCCAAAACGACAUCCUCCUCUGGCACUACCACAAAUCGUCCUGGGAAGAAUCCGAAGGCAUUUGUCCCAGCAAAAAGGCCAAUUGCGGCUCGACCCUCUCCUGGUGGUGUGUUCACACAGUUUGUGAUGAGUAAAGUUGGAGCCUUGCAGCAGAAGAUACCUGGAGUUAGCACACCCCAACCCCUGACAGGGUCACAGAAGUUCAGUAUCAGACCUUCUCCAGUAAUGGUCGUCACACCUGUGGUUUCUUCUGAGCCAGUUCAGGUGUGCAGUCCCGUGACUGCUGCUGUCACUACUUCCACCCCUCAAGUGUUUUUAGAGAAUGUUACUGCUGUGACAUCUAUGACUGCUAUUUCUGACGUGGGAACUAAAGAAACUACUUAUUCUUCUGGUGCCACCACUGCAGGGGUUAUUGAGGUCUCUGAAACUAAUACCAGCACCCCUGUAACAUCUACCCAGUCUACAGCCACUGUGAACCUUACCAAAACUACUGGGAUAACUACCCCUGUGGCUUCAGUUACUUUUCCUAAGUCUUUGGUAGCAUCUCCUCCAACCAUAACUCUUCCUGUUGCUUCCACUGCCUCCACCUCCAUAGUCAUGGUGACCACAGCUGCGUCUUCCUCCAUGGUGACCACACCUACUUCAUCUCUGGGUUCUGUUCCUAUUAUACUCUCAGGAAUUAAUGGGAGUCCACCAGUGAGCCAGAGACCAGAAAGUGCCCCUCAAAUUCCAGUGGCUACUCCACAGAUCUCUCCUAACACAGUGAAACGUACUGGACCACGAUUGUUGUUGAUUCCAGUACAGCAGGGUUCUCCUACGCUUAGACCUGUCCCAAACCCACAACUUCAGGGACAUCGGAUGGUCUUGCAGCCUGUAAGGAGUCCAAGUGGAAUGAACCUGUUCAGGCAUCCCAAUGGGCAGAUUGUCCAGCUCCUGCCUUUGCAUCAGAUUCGAGGCUCUAAUACCCAGCCCAGUUUACAGCCUGUCAUGUUUCGGAACCCAGGGUCUGUGAUGGGAAUCCGGUUACCUGCUCCUUCCAAACCUUCUGAGACUCCACCAACUUCCAGUUCAUCCUCUGCUUUCUCUGUUAUGAAUCCUGUAAUUCAGGCUGUUGGGUCUUCUCCAGCAGUGAAUGUUAUCACUCAAGCACCAUCAUUGCUUUCCUCUGGACCUAGUUUUGUCUCUCAGGCUGGCACAUUGACCCUGAGGAUUUCUCCUCCUGAACCACAAAGUUUUGCAAGUAAAUCAGGCUCUGAAACCAAAAUUACCUAUAGCUCAGGAGGGCAGCCUGUUGGUACAGCCAGUCUUAUUCCUCUCCAGUCUGGUAGUUUUGCCUUGUUACAGCUCCCAGGACAAAAGCCUGUUCCUAGCUCCAUUCUUCAGCAUGUUGCUUCCCUUCAAAUGAAGAAGGAAUUCCAGAAUAUAGAUCAAAAAGAUGAAAUGAACUCUAUAAAAAAAGAGAAGGAAACUAGGAAAACUCUACAGUCAGAAGGAGAAGGUACAGACCCAGAGGCUAAUAAACAAAAUUCAGGAACUAUUGCCUCAGAGGAAACUCUGAAUAUUUCCUUGGAAGAUGGGGGUGAUCGUUUGGAUGAAGAUUCUCUUACAGAAGAAGGUCCCACAACUGUCAAACCUUCUAAACUCUCCUAUAUCACUGGGUCACACACAGAUGAAGACUAUAAAAAUAUUAAUGAAGAGAGUGGGACUAGAAAUCAUAGUAGUUCUAAAGAAAAACUGUCUCUUCUAGAAGUUAGGACGAUUUCUGAAAAAGCCAAUAUUAUGACAGUACAAAAUGUAAAUAAAGUACAGCUACAGAACUGUGCUGUGAAGGUGGAACAGCAGAAGGGAUUCGACAAUCCAGAGGAAAAACUAAAUGAGUUUCCAGUCAUCUCUAAGGAAGAAAGUAAACUUGAAUUGUCAGGGAGCAAAAUUACUAUGGAGCAGCAGUCUAAUCCACGGGCCAAGGAGAAGGAAUGUGGAGACUCUAGGGAGAAGGACAGUAUUAGGGAAAAAUGGAGAAAACACCUGAAGGGCCCUUUGACCCGGAAUUAUGUGGGAACUUUGCAAGAAUGUAAGGAGGAGACAGAUGAGUUGUUAAUUAGAGAAGCAAAGCCAUGUCAAGAAAAUUCCGAUGUAUUUCAAGAACGGGGGAUCUCUGACUUACUUGGAAAAAGUGAAACUACUGGGAAUGCCAGAGUUUUAAAAACUGAAUGUGAUUCUUGGAGUAUGAUUUCUAAUCCUGCAGCCUUCUCCAUUGUUCCUAGGAGAGCUACAAAAGGAAGCAAAGGGAAUGGACACUUUCAGGGUCACUUAUUGCUACCAGGAGAACAGAUACAACCAAAGCAAGAGAAGAAGGGUGGGAGAAAAAGUACUGGCUUUACUGUUUUGGAUUUGGAAGAAGAGGAUGAAGAAGAUGAGAAUGAGAAAACCGAUGAUUCUAUUGAUGAAAUUGUGGAUGUUGUUUCUGACUACCAGAGUGAGGAUGUUGAUGAUGUAGAAAAGAAUAACUGUGUAGAAUACGUUGAGGAUGAUGAGGAACAAGUGGACAUUGAGACUAUAGAAGAGCUCUCAGAGGAAAUUAAUGUUACCCACAAGAAGACCACUGUAGUUCACACACAGUCAUUCAAACAGCCGUGCCGUACCCAUAUCUCUGCUGAUGAAAAAGCUGCUGAAAGGAGUCGAAAGGCUCCACAAAUUCCUUUAAAACUGAAAUCUGAUUACUGGAAUGACAAACUACAGAAAGAAGCAGAAGCUUUUGCCUAUUAUCGCCGGACACACACUGCCAAUGAGCGGCGGCGACGUGGUGAAAUGAGAGAUCUCUUUGAAAAAUUGAAGAUUACAUUGGGAUUGCUUCAUUCUUCCAAGGUUUCCAAAAGUCUCAUUCUUACGCGGGCAUUCAGUGAAAUUCAGGGACUUACAGAUCAAGCAGACAAAUUGAUAGGACAGAAAAAUCUCCUGACUCGAAAACGAAAUAUUCUGAUACGGAAGGUAUCAUCUCUUUCAGGUAAGACAGAAGAAGUGGUCCUGAAGAAGCUAGAGUAUAUUUAUGCAAAACAGCAAGCACUAGAGGCACAAAAAAGAAAAAAGAAGAUGGGAUCAGAUGAGUUUGAUGUGUCUCCCAGAACUAGCAAACAGCAGGAAGGAUCUUCUACAUCAUCUGUAGAUCUCGGACAGAUGUUUAUAAAUAACAGGAGGGGGAAACCUUUGAUUCUUUCCAGAAAAAGAGACCAGGCCACAGAAAACAUCUCAUCCUCUAAUACUCCACACACUUCUGCCAACCUCGUGAUGACCCCACAAGGACAAGUGCUCACUUUAAAAGGUCCCCUAUUCUCAGGACCAGUAGUAACUGUUCCUCCUGCUCUCUUAGAAACUGAUCUGAAGCCUCAAGUUGCAGGCAGUACUGUAGCUCAAUCAGAAAAUGAUGACUUAUUUAUGAUGCCACGGAUUGUUAAUGUGACAUCCUUGGCCACAGAUGGAGGCGUGGUAGAUAUGGGUGGCAACAAAUAUCCACAUGAACGUACUGAUGGGAAGCCACUUGACCACCUGAAAGACACUGUCAGAAAUGAAGAUACCUCCUUAAAAGAAUUGGAUAGAAUCUCUUCCAGAGGAAGCCAUAGAGAUGGCAGAAUGGCAUUGGGUCCAGCACAAGUUUUUCUGGCAAAUAAAGAUUCUGGUUUUCCACAAAUCAUUGAUGUUUCCAGUAUGCAGGAAGCACAGGAGUUCUUACCUAAAAAGAUUACUGGUGAUAUGAGAGGGAUUCGGUAUAAAUGGAAAGAGGGUGAAUCAAGAGGGGAGAGACUAAAGUCUAAGGAAUCUCCAUUUCAUAAAUUAAAGAUGAAAGAUCUCAAAGACUCAAGCAUAGAAAUGGAAUUGAGGAAAGUAGCAUCGGCCAUUGAGGAAGCAGCUCUUGAUCCCAGUGAACUGCUAACUAGCAUGGAAGAUGAGGAUGAUACUGAUGAGACACUGACUUCACUGCUCAAUGAGAUUGCCUUUCUUAAUCAGCAACUAAAUGAUGACUCUGUUAGCCUGGCUGAACUGCCUAGCUCUAUGGAUACGGAGUUCUCAGAGGAUGCUCGGCAGGCCUUUAUCACUAAGCUGCCCCCCGGGAACAGAGCAACUUUCCAGGUUGGCCACUUGGGAACAGACUUGAAAGAGUUGUCUGAUGAUAUUCAAAGGGAGAGUGACUCCAUCAGCCCCCUCCUCUUGCACUUGGAAGAUGAUGACUUUUCUGAGAAUGAAAAACAACUUGUGGAAACAGCUUCUGAGCCAGAUGUCCUUAAGAUUGUUAUUGACUCUGAGAUAAAGGAUUCCCUUCCUUCCCACAGGAAAUCUAGUGAUGGAGGGAAGAGUACAUCUGGCCUCCCUACAGAGCCUGAAAGUGUGUCCUCACCGCCCAUCCUACACAUGAAGACUGGUCUAGAGAACAGCAACACAGAUACUUUGUGGAGGCCUAUGCCAAAGUUGGCACCUUUAGGUUUAAAAGUAGCUAAUCCUCCUACUGAUGCAGAUGGUCAGAGUCUGAAGGUGAUGCCUUGUUUGGCACCUGUAGCUGCCAAAGUUGGGUCAAUUGGACACAAAAUGAACUUAACAGGGAAUGACCAGGAAGGCCGGGAUAGCAAGGUGAUGCCUACAUUGGCACCUAUUAUGGCUAAAUUGGGCAAUCCUGGGGUCUCACCAGGUUCUGCAGGGAAAUGAACUUUUUGUCCUCAGGCUGUGAGGGGAAAUUGAAUCUCAACUCCUUUCUCUGCAGACAUCUGUUUAUUUGUGUCAUGGAACUAUGCUCCUUGAUUGGCUGUGAUGGUAUAUAUGGUGGAUAAUAAUGGAGAAAGGGGGUAGGGGUGCUGGCCUUGGUAUAAGAAAUACUAUGAAAUUCUGAUCAUGUUAAAAUGUGUUACCUCACUUGUGGUGCUGGGUCCCCUCAUCCUAAAAUGUGAUCCAUUAUUGAACACGAGGUGCCCCUCUUACCCAAGGCAUUGAUAACAAGACUGGCUCCAUAGUGGUACCUAGUUCUCUCCCCAGAGAGAAAAAGCUGCUUGAGACUUUGGAAUUGCUAUGGACUGAACUGUAGUUGAUACCAAUUAGAUUGUCUAAAAUCUAAGGAAUGUGAUACACUUGUGCAAAGGAAUUCAGAAGAGAGUUUUUAGUUGGCCUUUUAAUAAUAGGGAAAGAUAGGUACCAUGAAAUACCAAAGUGAAGGAUUUUAUGUGACUCAGCAAAAUCGUUUCUUUCAUAUCCCAACUAGCUUUCAUUCCCUCACCUUUUCAAUCAGAAUUAACAAAUUUAAGCCUUCUGGUAAAGUAGGGAUGAAUUUAACUUUUACUAUUAAGGUAAUUAUUUUGAGAUGUUAAAGUGCUCCCUUAUUGUCUUUGUAGGUAUUAAAAAAAUUAUUUCAUAGUGCCAGAGAUUUCUGGAAUAUGUAUUUUGGAGGUAGACAUGGAGGGAGCCCUUCCCCAUUCACAAAUCAUAUCACUCUAGACAGCUAAUGUGAAAAGCAUUCUCUGUCCAGACCAAGACAGUAGCCAAAAUUAAACAAAAAAAAAAAGAAAAAAAAAGAAAAAAAAAA